AUGGCGGACGACGCGGCAGCCAAGGGGAAACCCACGCUCCUAGCCUUUCACGGAUCGGGCAGCAACGCCACGAUCCACACGAUGCAGUUGGCGCGGCUGAAUCGAGUGUUGAAGGAGUAUUUCCAUAUUGAGAGUUUGGAGGCCCCCUUCCCCUCGCCCGCCGGCCCAGGCAUCCUCCCUUUCUUCGACGGCUGCGGGCCGUUCGCGCGCUGGCUCCCGCCGGGCGAAAAAGUAACCCUCGAGGCCAUGAAAUCUGGCGCCUCGACCUCGGCUCUCUCCAAGGAAGUCGAGCGCCUGGUCCGCGAUGCCGUGGGCCGCAUCGCCACAAACGGCGGCCGCGUCGUGGGCCUCAUUGGCUUUUCGCAGGGGACCAAGGUCGUCGCGGGAUUGCUGCGGGCCGCGCAUGUACGGCGCCAGAUUGGGGCCAGGGGCGAGGACUGGCUGGAGUCGUUUCGGUUCGCGCUUUGUGUUUGCGCGUCGUAUCCGCCGCCGCUGGUGCCGGGAUGUGUGCAGAAGAUGCCGGAGUUUGUGGCGAGGAGUGAGGAGGAGAGGGAGAAGCUUCUGAAAGAGAACAUCGUGGCGCCUGUGCUGCAUGUUCAGGGGGAGCAGGAUGAGUGGAAGUGGGCGGGUGACGGGCUGAUAGAGGGGCAUUUCGAGGUUGCUGAUGGGAUGAGUAUCGUGGAGAGGUGGGAUAUGGGGCAUCAUUACCCGCACAAGCCUGAGGAGAGUGAGAGGAUGAAGGAUUGGCUUGUGGAGCAGCUGAAGAGGGUUGACGACGAGUAG